AAAAAAAGGAAAAAAAAGAAGAAAGUGUGCCAGAGGAGAUAGAAAGUGGAAACGAAGGGGAUUAUUCGCAAGUUUUAGGUGUACAAGACAUGGCCUGAUCUGGGUCUUUACAGAAUCACCGCUCUUUUCCUCGUCUUCAAUUUAAAUCCUUUUUCCCCCUCCCCGCCGUCUUUCUCUUCUUCCCUUCCCGUCUCCUCCAUCCCCUCCCCGCCAUUUUUUGGUCAUCCUCUCUCUCUCACGCCCUCCUCAUUCACUAUCUUGGGAUUCACUUCGAUUCCCAUAUUAUUCAGCAUGGCUACCACCAACGAGUUUCCAGCCAGCGAUGCCAACAGUUAUGACUAUGUCAUCGUGGGAGGUGGCACAGCAGGCUGUGUCAUUGCCAGCCGUCUGGCUGAAUAUCUGCCUAACAAGCGCAUUCUGGUGAUUGAGGGAGGCCCCAGUGACUUCAUGGAUGACCGCGUGCUCAACCUGCGCGAGUGGUUGAAUCUACUCGGAGGCGAGUUGGACUACGAUUACGGUACCACCGAACAACCAAUGGGCAACAGUCAUAUUCGUCACUCUCGCGCCAAGGUGCUAGGUGGCUGCUCUAGUCACAACACCUUGAUCUCCUUUCGUCCAUUCGAGUACGACUGCAAGAGAUGGGAACAGGCUGGCUGCACAGGCUGGUCCUUCGAGACCUUUACCCGCGUCCUUGACAACCUGCGCAAUACCGUUCAGCCCGUUCACAGCCGUCAUCGCAAUCAGCUGUGCAAAGAUUGGGUUCAGGCUUGCUCCAGCGCCAUGAACAUUCCCGUCAUCUCUGAUUUUAACAAGGAAAUCCGCUCCAAGGGUGAAUUGACUGAGGGCGUUGGUUUCUUCUCCGUCUCCUACAACCCUGACGACGGCCGCCGCAGCAGCGCCAGUGUUGCUUAUAUCCACCCCAUUCUUCGUGGCGAGGAGAAGCGUCCCAAUUUGACCAUUCUGACUAACGCUUGGGUGUCGCGCGUUAAUGUCGAGGGAGACACUGUUACUGGUGUCAAUGUGACUCUCCAGUCUGGUGCGAAGUGUACUUUGCGGGCUAAGAAGGAGACCAUCUUGUGCGCGGGUGCCGUUGAUACACCUCGCUUGAUGCUGCUCUCUGGUCUGGGUCCGCGCGAGCAGUUGAGCUCUCUUGGCAUUCAGGUUAUCAAAGACAUCCCUGGUGUCGGCGAGAACCUUCUGGAUCAUCCUGAAAGCAUCAUCAUCUGGGAGCUCAACCGUCCUGUGCCUCCUAAUCAGACCACUAUGGAUUCUGACGCAGGUAUCUUCCUACGUCGCGAGUUGCCUAACGCACAUGGUUUCGACGGCCGAGCCGCCGACCUUAUGAUGCACUGCUACCAGAUCCCCUUUUGCUUGAACACCACUCGCCUGGGUUAUGACACCCCGGUGGAUGCGUUCUGCAUGACCCCCAACAUUCCCCGUCCUCGCUCCCGUGGUCGCCUCUUUUUGACCUCUGCUGACCCCAACGUCAAGCCCGCCUUGGACUUUCGGUACUUCACCGACCCUGAGGGCUAUGAUGCUGCUACCAUUGUCGCUGGUUUCAAGGCAGCCCGCGAAAUCGCCCAGCAGUCGCCCUUCAAGGAGUGGAUCAAACGCGAAGUGGCUCCCGGCCCCAAGGUACAGACGGACGAAGAGCUUUCUGAGUAUGGUCGUCGCGUGGCGCACACUGUGUACCACCCGGCCGGAACCACCAAGAUGGGCAACUUGACCCGUGACCCCAUGGCCGUUGUCGAUCCUCAGCUGAAGGUUCGAGGCCUGAAGAAUGUGCGUAUCGCCGACGCGGGUGUCUUCCCGGAGAUGCCAACCAUUAACCCCAUGUUGACCGUAUUGGCCAUCGGCGAGCGUGCGGCUGAGUUGAUUGCGGAAGAGGCAGGCUGGAAGCGCGAGCAGCCUCGUCUGUAAGCGCCUCAGGCCGGCAGAAUUCAUCCUCGCAUUUAUCCUAGUCUUGCUACUUUGACCCAACAGGAAGGGUUUGGAAUUGCUGAGAAAGAGAGAGAAUAGGAGAGUGACACAUGCAUGUCUCAGCGCUUGUGAGUCUCUUCUGCUUCGAGCUCGUGACCAUUGGCCAUCUACGCAUAUGCGUACGGGCAUUUAUAGGGCCUCGAUCUAUGAUUUACGAAUGAUGAUUUUUGGAGAAGUGCAAACAAGGAACCAAAGGGGGAUCUCUCAAUCUCAGCCUGGAGGAUCAAAAGCCUGCGCUUUUACUUGUUGUAUCAAUACUUGUUUGUAUAUUAGAGUCGGCGCAUCUUACGCGCUAGAUAUAAAGAACCACUACUAUAGACC